AUGAUAGAAGGUGUGUCAAGAAGAACCUUAGCAGGAUCGAGUGGCACAUACAACGUUCGUGCUACCGAAUUGGCUGUAGAUCGAGGCCGUUUAAAGUCAAUCAAUGCCACUGUUGUAUUUCUUGAUGACACUCAACAUUGUUUUAAACUUGACAAACGAGCUAAAGGUGAAGCAUUACUAGAAGCAGUAUUUCAACACUUGGAAUUAAUUGAAAAAGAUUAUUUUGGCUUACAAUUUACCGAAAAUGGGGUAAUUCCAUCUGUAACAAAUACAGAUAUUUUGAGAUGGUUGAAUCCAAAAAAAAGUAUCAAAAAACAAAUGAGAGGAGGAUUUUUUUAUUUUUGUGUAAAAUUUUAUGUGUCUGAUCCAAGUAAACUUCAAGAAGAAUAUACGCGUUAUCAUUUGUAUUUACAAUUACGAAAAGAUAUUUUACAUGGAAAACUUUUUGUGUCUCCAAGUACUGCUUGUCUCCUUGCCAGUUACACUGUUCAAUCUGAACUUGGAGAUUACCACCCUGAAGAACAUAAGCCUGGAUAUAUAUCUGGUAUGGUUCUUAUACCUGGCCAAACAGAACAAUUGGAAAAUCAAAUUUCUGAAUUGCAUAAAUUACACAAGGGUCAAUCUCCCGCUGAUGCUGAAUUUAAUUUCUUGGACCAUGGAAAGAGAUUAGAUAUGUAUGGUGUUGAUUUACAUAAAGCAAAAGAUUCUGCUGAUAAAGAAUUAGAUAUUGGAGUUACAUGUAAUGGUUUAGUUGUAUUUCAAAAUAAUAUUCGUAUAAAUACAUUAUCAUGGGCAAAAAUAGUAAAAAUAUCAUUUAAGCGAAGACAUUUUUUUGUUCAACUACGGAGAGAAAUGUCUGAAAAUUAUGAUACAGUAUUGGGCUUUAAUAUGAUGACAUAUCGUUCAUCUAAACAUUUAUGGAAAUCUUGUGUUGAACAUCAUUCAUUUUUCCGGCUAAACCAACCCAUUUGCCCAUCAAAUAAUCGAGGAUUUAGACGAUUGUUGCCAGGACCAUUUCUUCUUGGUUCACGAUUUUCAUAUUCUGGACGAACUGAAAUACAAACAAUAGAAGAGAGUCGUAUGUCACAACCACGACCUCACCGAACAUUUCUUAGAUUCAAAAGUAAAUACUGUUCGAAACAACCAGUAAACAACAAUACGGAGAGUAAGAGUUCAAAAUCAAUUCUCAAAUCAUCUGCUAAAGGAUCACAUGAUAAUAAAGUAAAGUCAGUUGAUAAAGAACCCAGACCUGCUUGGGGCCCUACUUCAUCACUUGUAUCAGAUGACGAAGGUGGAUUUAUAUCUUCGGCUGUCCGUCCAAGUAGCAGUAGUAGUGGAACCGGAUUAGCAGCAACUGGCCGAAAUUAUGUUGAUGAUGACAUGUCUAGUAGUAUUUAUGAUAUUCCAGCAUAUGAUACGGAAUCUUCUUUGGGUUGUGAAAAUAAUGUUGUUUGCAUUCAUAUGAAUGCUGAUGAGGAAGGGCGAUUUGGAUUUAAUGUAAGAGGUGGCUCAGAUUUAGGAUUACCUAUUGUUGUGUCCAGAGUUGUUCCUAACACAGCAGCUUUUCGAUCACAACCUAAACUAUGUGAAGGUGAUCAGGUUUUAAUGAUAAAUGGACAAGAAGUCAGUGAGAUGGUCCAUGAUGAUGUUGUAAAUUUAAUUAGAGCAGCUAGAGAUGUAGAACACGAUGGGAAAUUAGUUUUAACAGUACAACAAAAAGGUGAUGAUGAUGAUGACGAUGACGGUUUGAAAGAAAAAGAAGAAGAACCUUUAUUUCAGUACAUACCAGAAUCUCCACCAAGUGUUAUGUCAUCUGAUCCAUUGAUUCAAUCUAUACUACUGCUUGGAGAUGGUUUAGCAAGUGGAUCUUUACUAACACAGUUUGAACAGCUGUACAGGCAUAAACCAGAAACGUCAAUGGAUAAUGCUAGAACCACUCAAAAUAUACAUAAAAAUAGAUAUCGCGAUAUAGCUCCAUAUGAUAUAACUCGAUAUAUUAUCAAAAAUCAGGACCAUGACUAUAUUAAUGCCAACUAUAUAAAUAUGGAAAUACCGGGUUCAGGAAUAAUUAAUAGAUACAUAGCAACACAAGGACCACUUCAAACAACAAUUAGCGAUUUUUGGUGUAUGGUAUUAGAGUCUCGUAGCACCUUAAUUGUUAUGGUCACUGCUCUUGUUGAAAAAGGCCGUCAAAAAUGUGCCAAAUAUUGGCCACCUAUCAAUGAAACAUUAGAAGUUAACAGCAAUAUAUCACUAAAAAUGGUGUCCGAAGAAACGGAUACUUCUAACAUUAUUGUUUACCGCCAAAUAGAGUUAACUGAAAUAAGCACUAAUGAAACUAGAUCUGUUACACAACUUCAAUAUAGUUUAUGGCCUGAUCACGGUGUACCAGAUGAUUCAGAUCGCUUGUUAAAUUUAGUAGGAGCUGUUCGUAAAGAACGUGCAGGUGUCGUUGAACCUGUUGUUAUACAUUGUUCAGCUGGUAUUGGACGUACAGGAGUGAUAAUUUUAUUAGAGACUGCAUUGUGCUUAAUAGAAGCAGGCCAACCUGUUUAUCCUCUUGAAAUUGUCCGACAAAUGCGUGAUCAACGAGCUAUGAUGGUACAAACUUCAAAUCAAUAUAAAUUUGUAUGCAGUUGCAUACAUUAUGCAUUUACACAGGGUAUUGUGAAACCAUUGCCGGAAUAUAGUCAACAAUAA